AUGAGUGUGCGUCAGUUUUCUGCUGGGGCUGGAUUCAUUUGAGACGAAGUCCACACACUCUUGGUGAAAGUUUGUUAAUUCCUUUCGAUCUUAGUUUCGACUUCAAAUAGAGCGAAAAUCAAGAAGAAGUUAGAUUUGAAAACCACUGAGGCUGAAAUGAAAGGAAUCGUCUACGGGGUUGGAACACUAACUUUGAUCUUUGCACUUAAUCAUGUGCAUUGCGCUCCUAUGAAGCAAACGCGUCAAACGGCAUUGUUUAUGGAGAAAUUUGGUUACUUGGAUGAUGAUGUCAUAGGCAAGAACAGAGGUCCAUUGGAUCCGAACUCGACUGAGUUUCGAGCAUCGAUCAGGAAACUUCAAAGAUUUGGAAAUAUCCCAGUCACAGGACGAAUUGAUGCAGCCACCAUAAAGCUCAUCAAUACUGACCGGUGUGGUGUGAAAGAUCCACCCCCCGAUGCCGCAGGAAGAUUUACUUUACAGGGGUCCAGAUGGAAGCGAACGGACAUAACUUAUAGGAUUCUUAACUACACCAAGGAUGGCAUACCGUUCAGCCAACAGCGAACAAUUUUCCGGAAAGCGUUCGAUUUGUGGCAGUCUGCCUCGGCGUUGAGGAUUAGAGAGGUAUACAGGGGAGAUGCUGACAUUCUCAUCAGCUUUGUUCGCCAAAAGCAUGGCGAUCCAUAUGCCUUUGAUCGUAGAGGUGGUACAUUGGCGCACGCAUUUUAUCCCCACAAUAACAGAGGUCUCUCUGGUGAUGCCCAUUUUGACGAUGAUGAACAUUUCACAACAGGAAGGAAAGAUGGCAUCAACCUAGAUUGGGUGGCUGUUCACGAGUUUGGACACAGUCUGGGUCUAGAACAUUCCAACGUACAAGGAUCCAUCAUGUACCCGUGGUACAAAGGAUAUGUUGAGGAUAUCAAACUAACAAAUGAUGAUACGCAAGGCAUUCAGUCUUUAUAUCCAAUGCCAACUGUUCGGCGAAUCAUACCAACUACGAGAAUCACCACCACUGUUACUACCACCAGACGCCAGCCCCCAACCCCGCGACCCACAGUUCCGACUGAGGUUAUUUGCAGCAGCACAGUUCGUUAUGACACAGUAUUUGUUGGUACUAACAGGUGGACGUAUUUCGUGGUUGGAGAUAAGUUCUGGAUCUUGGACAGGCAGCUGCGCAGGCGUGGACCGUACACCAUAACGAGAUAUUGGAGGGAUAUAAAGACCCCUUUAGAUGCUGCUUACCGCAAUAAAAAAGGAAACGUGGUGUUCUUCAAAGGAUCAGAGUUCUGGGAAUAUGACUCCAAGAGAGUGUUAAGGAAUUCUGGUCAAAUUUCACGGUACGGUCUUCCCUCAGCUCUCGCUAACAUGGACGCAGUUUUCACAUGGGAGAGGAACAGGAAGACUUACUUUUUCAAGGACACCCUGUACUGGCGAUACAACGAAGACAACAAGAGGACAGACUGGGGAUAUCCCAAGGGUAUCAAAAACGCCUGGAAAUCAAUUCCCGAUCACAUUAAUGCUGCCGUACAGUGGGUCAACAGAAGAACCUACGUUUUCAGGGGAAGGCAGUAUUUAAAGCUUCAGCAGGGAAAGGUAUAUAUGGAGCAAGGAUACCCUCAAGAGAUUGCCAAAAGAUGGAUGAAAUGUAACCCUGGCGAUGAAAAGGACAGAGGUUUUGCCUCAAAAGAUCCCUAAAACUACACGAAAAAUGUGAUGUCCUCUUUAAUGUGCAUGUAUUUUAGACGGGAGAAAUAAACGAAACAUUCAAGAACUGAUGGUCUCGUUUAGAGGUCAUAGGUUUAUGAUCACAGAUCAAAUAGUCAAAGGUAACAGGUUGCUGCCCACAGCAGAGGGAGUUUCGUAUUAUGAU